UAAACCAAAGUCACACAGAGCGAGCCAAAGAGAGAGAGAGAGAGAGACAGAGAGUGUGUUACAGCAACAAAGCCUGGAAAAGGGAAAACACAAAAGAGAGAGCGAGUGUACAAACGUUAGCCAGUGUUUUGUAGUGAAUUUUAAUAGCAAAACAAACAAAGACCGGCAUCAACAAAGCCCAUGCAAAAAGAUGUGCUUGAAAGCCUAGUGAAAUUAAGAGACUUUAUUUUAUAUCAAAAAAACUUUUUUGUAUAGGAAAAUUUGUAAGUUUUCCCUAAUUCUUUUUUUUUUUGUGUCUUGUGGAGCAGAAAAUCUAUAUGCCCUAGAGCUAUGACUACUGCACAUGUCUAUUUUGCCGAUGUGCCACUUUCAUCGCCCUCAUCUUCUUCGGCUACCAGUGUUGCGGCCCCAGAAGGUCAUCGUUCCACUUUCGAGCCACUAAACAAUGACGCAAUAAUGCAACGUCAAUGCAGCCACCAAACGGGCAGAGACCGCAGCACCUCGCCCAGUAGUAAUGCCACAACCAUGCCUUCAACGCCUCGUUAUGAGCGGAAUAUGGGAUUCUUUCGUCAACUGAGUCGCCGCUUUGGUUUGAGGUCAAGCGAUGACCUAGUUUAUUCCGGCAGCAAUGAGGAGGACAAUCAGAGUUCAUCGACCGAUUCCUGUUCAUCCAUCGAGAAAAUGCCAACAAGGAAGGCCAACACAAUCAUCAUCAACACCACCACCACCAACAACAGCAGCAGCAGCAUCUCCUCCAAUGCGAGUAACAUAAUGACGGCAUCAAUGAUGACCAUGUCCAUUACGGAGCACAUAUCGUGUGCAUCCAGUGAGACCAGCAGCUCAGUGGACAUUGAGGAGCAACAACAACAACAGCAGCAGCAGCAAAAAGAACAACAAGUGUCCAGUGAUGAGCAGGAGUGCAGCCCAAAUGGCAAACCACAACAGUCGGGCUUUCAUAAGGACCGCAAAUCAUUUGGGCGCUCUAGCUUUUCCAGACUAUCACGGCGCUCCAGCACCUCUAUAAGACGGGCAUUUGAGGCUUUCUCUUUGUCCUCGCGUUCGCUAUCAUGCAGUGGCUCAACACCGCCACAACUGCCACCGGCACCGUCCUUGGCCAACCCACCCCAUAUGCAUACGUCAUCGGCGACCAACAGCAGUGGAGGCACACCCAUCAAAUCGGCUUUAAAGUCAUCCUCCAACCUCGAACUGAAUAAAAAAUCCUCUUCAUUGUCGUCAUCAUCAACAGCAGCAACGGCCAAUGCCGGUGCCUCCACCAACACCACCACCGGCUCUUGCUGUUCCGCCUCAAAGACAUCGAAGACCAAAACAAAACCACCGCCUCAAAGGAUACUACGUCAGCCCGUCUCCUAUACAUAUCUGAAGGGCAUUUCAGGUCUGCCAACCCAAAGGGUGCCACGCAGCUCCGUAUGUUGCCAAUAUGCCAGACGUUAAUUUCGAUAAAUACAGCCAAUCACACACAAACACACACUCACACAAAUAUUCAUAUAGACAAGGUUAUCAUCGUUGGUGAUGAUAAGCCAUCUAAUAGUAAAGGAGCUAUGGGCACACAAAGUUUAAAGUUCAUAUCGAAUAUUCCAAUACAAACACAAACACACAGACACAGCCACAGCCACAUAAGCAGUUGCAUUCAUGCAUAUAGUUAGGAUAAUUUGUUGAAGGCUUUGAAUGGCUAAUACCAAUCAACAUUACAAGCCACUACGGCUUUCGCUGCCAUCGUUCUUUACACUCAUGGAGCAUGUAUGGAGCCUUUACACAUCAUUGCUGUAUGAGUGCCAUAGAGCUGCAUGUAUGUAUUUAAGAUAAGGAUAAGCUAGAAUAGAUACUGAUUU